AUCUGCAGAACAGUCAUGGCGGCAGAACUGUGCAAGACGGCAGGUCCACAGGUGAUAGUGUCCACUGAAAAGACUCCUGACCGAUGUCUUCCAAAAUGACCUCACGGAGCUACUGACACAGAUAUAUCCUUAAAGGUACAGGUAGUUCAGUACAGGAGACAGAUGGCCACAUUAAGGAGAAGAAGAGAACUACUUCCCUUGCUAGGAAGACCAGUAACAGCGCCGGAUACAUUCACUGAGACAACAACGUUCCUAGUAGAGGGAAACUUUCUCUUAUCCUUCCCCUCCCUUCUGCAUGCGCCAAAAGUACAGGAAGUGGCACUGCCACCAUCAAGUCUUCCAGAAAUUAUUCCUAUAGAGGCCUUAGAUCAGAACGGGGCAGAGGAACGUGAUAGCACACCCAGGAAAACCUUUCCACAGCCAUCUGAAACCUUCCGCCGUGUCCAGGCAUCUCUGCCCACCAUUUACCCUACAACAGUGAACGUAGCACAGCAGGGACAAAAUAGCAACACGAAUAGUAACAGUGAAAAUGACACAAGUGAUGAACGUGAAGAACAGUCAGGCUCUACAGAUCCUGACAUUGAAGACAGCCCCACACCGCUGCUCCCCUGGUUAUGCAAUGAAAGUGAGGAUACUUUUGAACCAGAUGUGGGCAGAAAAGUACUCUCUGCCAGUAGCUUGAUACGUGGAAGCACUGACUCUGAUGUCCAAUCCCAGCUGCCCCUUGUCUUGAGGAGACGUAAGAGCUAUGACCAGUUACGACCAAAGUCCUGCCUACACAAAAGAUGGCGUAUGCUCGGAGAUGGUCGCAGCUACCAAAAGAGAACUAAUGGGAAGAUCACAGUGAACUCUUUGCUGACCAAACUACCAGAUGUUGAAAUCCAUGUAGAUGAGCACAUCUUUCUGUCAUGUAGAGAAGUCCUCUCGGCACACAGUGACUUUUUCAAGGCCAUGUUUUUGUCAGGAAUGCGAGAGAGCCUUGAAGGCAAGGUUAUGCUCCAUGGCCCUCUGGCUUCCAUGUUCAAGGUGUUGUAUGAUUACAUGCAUGGAGAGGGACUUCAGCUGACAGGAGACAAUGCCCAGAAAGUGUUUGAAACAGCUGACUUUCUGCAGAUGACUGAAGCGGUGGACUUGUGCAUAGAUUACAUCCAGGACAACCUGGACACAAAGAACUGUCUGGAUGCCCUGCAACUGGGGGAGAUCUACUCUGCCACCAGGAUCAAAGGCGUGGUCUACUCUUUCAUAGAUGAUGAGUUUGUGGAAAAAUUCAUGAAGAUAACGCCAUUUGAGUUUGAUGGUUAACUGGAGUGGACAUACGUAGAAGCAAGCUGUAUACGAAGGAAAUGCUUUGCAUUUUGUGUGGUGAAACAUAUUGUGUUCUCUCAUGUUUCUUCUUCUUCUCCUCCUCCUCCUGCCAUUUCUUUAAAUGGAUUCAACUCUGCCAUUUUGCAGCUAAAUGA